AGAGAGAGGGAGAGAGAGAGGAGGGAGGAGACAAGUCACUCCUCUCUUCCUUCCUCGCUUGUUCUCGUCUUCCUUCCUCACAGCUCUGUUCUCUCUCUCCAUCAUUAUUGUUCCCCACCCAACAUCGCACAACUCCCCUUGUUUUGUUUCUCUCUCCCUCCCUCUCUCUCUCUCAUCAGUCAAAUCAAAGCCAAGGACAGAGACUGAGAGAGAGGAAGAAAGGGAAAGAAAACAAAAUAAAAGAAACGAAAGGGCUCGUCUCCUCCUUGGACCCCGGCCGGCGAGCCACCUCAGUGCCUCACCGCCGUCGGCCCAAGCAAAGCAAGCACAGCAGGAGGCAUUAAUGAGAGGGGCCAUAACCUCCAGGGCUUGAGUUGAGGUCAACAAACUGCAGUACACAAGCAAAGGAAAGCCAGUUGAGGCACAAAGUUUCUGCACCUAUGGUGAUAGCAUCUGGAGCUGUCGACGGGAGGCACCUGUCGCCCUUUGCUACGCUGCCAGAGUCAUCAUCUUCGUCGUUCUUCUCAGAGGAUCUCGUCCCUGCUGAGAGGCAGGUCGGAUUUUGGAAAUCAGAGUCAAUGGUCGACCACAAAGGGAGCAAGUCAGCUUUCGCUUCUCCACUUGACAAGGUCCAUCCCACAGGUGCAAAUCCUGCAGGUGGUCUGGAACAUCCACGAGGGCAAGCCUUCAAGGGCCAACUGGACAUGCUUAGCCUCAGUAAGUUGAUGGGGCAAGAAGAAAAUACUUCAAGCCUAUCAUCAAUAUCUUGGGGAGAUAUACUUGGUAGCUCCAGAUCCAGUCUUGGCUCGUCUACAAGAGGGACAGCUUUUGUUGAACCAAGUAGUGCUGAUCAACUCGUGCAUGAUUAUGGAAACUACCCUUCAUCCAGCUCCUUAUCCGAAGUGUUCAGUAUGAAAUCAAGAAUGAUGGCAAGUGGUUUUCCUGGGCAAUCUGUUGACGCAAUUAACUCCGGUUGCGAGGGAGAUGAACCUCUAGGGUCCAUGAAAGAAAUGGAAGCUCAAACCAUUGGAGACCUCCUUCCUGAUGAUGAUGAUUUGAUAUCCGGAAUCACUGAUGGCUUCGAAUGCACUGGCUUGUCUAAUCAGGAUGAUGCCGAUGAAGAUAUAUUCUACACUGGAGGAGGUAUGGAGCUAGAGAAUGAUGAUUUGAGCAAUGGUGGCAAAAUUCACGAAGGUUCCUUCAAGAGUCAACUUUCUGGGAAGCACUCUAUCAAUGAACACCCUUCCAGAACUCUUAUUGUAAAAAAUAUUAACCCAAGCAUUGAGGAUGCUGAGCUAAGGGUUCAGUUUCAGCAAUAUGGGGAGAUACAGACACUUCAUACGUCCUGCAAGAACCAUGGAUUUGUUACAGUAUCUUACUAUGACAUAAGAGCUGCACAGAAUGCAAUGAGAGCACUCCAUAACAAACCCUUGGGGCUGAUGAACCUUGAUGUUCAAUUUUCCAUUCCUAAGGAAAAUGGUCAAAACAAAGAUCCCAACAACGGAAGGCUGGUUGUAUCUAUCAUUGACUCGUCCAUCUCCAACCAUGAUCUUCUCCAAAUAUUUAGUGUUUAUGGUGAUGUCAAGGAGAUUCGCAAGGCUCCUACAAGCUGCAAUAAGAAAUUUGUACAAUUCUAUGAUGUCAGAGCAGCAGAGGUAGCAGUGAAUAACCUUAACAAGGGUGAUAUGUCAUGCUCAAAAAUCAAAGUUGAGCAUAGCUGUUCUGGAGUUGCAGGAUUAUGCUUCACAGAGCAAUGUUCUGGAGAAUGGAAGCAGAAUACUGUGACUCACCAACUUAAGAACUCUCCACCUGGGACUAUUGGAAGGACAGACCCUAAAAGUUGGGAGAACGGCAGCGUCCAUGAUUUAUAUUCUCCAGUUAGACCGCAGCUCCAUGGCUUCUCUGUGAAUAGUGCUCAGAAGUUGUCGUCGCCUAUCAGAAUUGGACCUACACGUCAGCACAAUAAUCAAGCUAACCUUUGUGAACCUAAUGGGUCACUUGGUCAUGGAAACUUUGGACGUGGACUGCAAGCCUUCCACCCACACUCACUGCCAGAAUGUCAUAAUGGCAUUUGCAAUGGCUCCAAGUCCAUGACAUUAGGUACCAGGAAUUCAGGCGUCAGGCUAACUGAAGGAGCGGAUUAUAAUAACCAUAAAGUGUGCUCCAGUGAUCAUCAUGGUCAUUCCUCUGAUCAAAGUGAAGCACUUGGAGUCACCGGAAUUGGAAGUUGUCCCCUUCAUGGACAUCACCACACCUGGAAUAACUCAAAUGGUUUUCCUCAAAGCCCCUGUGCUCCAAUGUUGUGGUCCAACUUUCAUCAACCAAUGCAUAUUCAUGGUUACCCUGCUAUGCCACCUCACAUGCGGAACACUGGUGCUCAUCCUAUGGACCAGCAUCACUUGGGUUCAGCUCCAAGCAAUGUUGGUGGUUUUACAAAUGCACAUUCCUUCCAUCCAGGAUCUCUUGAAAAUGUAGGGUUUCCUGGUAGCCCACAACUGUAUCCAUCAGAUCUCUCUGUAUUUGCACCUGCCAGAGGACAUUACAGGGAGACCAUGUUCUCCCCUGUAAAUGCUGGGUUUCCAUCACUUCAGCAAAUGUUUCAUGCAACCAACGGAAGGAGUCCAAUGAUGCGUGUUUCUGCUUCAUAUGAUGCCACUAAUGAUCGGAUCAGGAGCCGCAGGCAUGAUGGAAAUGCUGCCCAGUCCGAAAACAAGAAGCAAUUUGAUCUUGACCUUGACCACAUCGCAAAUGGUGAAGACUCACGCACUACACUGAUGAUCAAAAACAUUCCUAACAAGUACAACUGUAAGCUACUUUUAGCUGUCAUUGACGAGAAUCACCGUGGAACAUAUGAUUUCAUCUAUCUUCCAAUUGAUUUUAAGAACAAGUGUAAUGUGGGCUAUGCUUUCAUCAAUAUGACUGAUCCACAGCACAUAAUUCCAUUUUACAAGACAUUCAAUGGCAAGAAAUGGGAAAAGUUCAAUAGUGAGAAAGUGGCAUCACUUGCAUACGCCAGGAUCCAGGGAAGGAAUGCUUUGAUUGCCCAUUUUCAGAAUUCUAGCCUGAUGAAUGAAGAAAAAUGGUGUCGUCCUAUGCUUUUCCACAAAGACGGUCCACAUGCAGGAGAUCAGGAGCCUUUCCCUGUGGGGAACAAUGUCCGGACUCGGUCUGGGAGAAACAGACCAAUCGCCAGUUCAGACACUAAAGAGGGAAGUCCAUCGACCUCGCCUAACUAAGAAAACCGUAGCAAGAGAGCCCAGUUUCAAGUUGGCUCUCAACUGAGGAUAAGCAAUGUUGCUCACUAACUGGAGGCUGAAGAACCUGUAAUAAAUUCCCUGUCUUGCUUUCUUUCUCUUUCUUUUUGUCCUCAUCAACAAGGCUGUGACUUGUGAGUUCGACGAUUAGCAAGAACUCUGCUCUGCAUGAGCCUGCUGGAGAUUCACCCUAAAGUAUGUCUCAGUUUUGCCUUAUCAUCGAGCAACCUAUAUGCCGAGGGCUACAGGCACGGAGAAGAGCAAGUAGGUGAAGAGCAGAAAUGGUAGAGGUGCUGUGUUUCCGGCAGUCAAGGCGGGUGAAAAUGAAUUUGUACAGUAGGAUUCAUCAAGAUUGUGAAAUACUAUCGAUUUGAAUUGUUUGUUUCAUGCUUCGUUUUGCCGUGCUGGCUUCCUUGCA